UAUGUGAUGAAACAAAUCAGUACAGAAGGAAAACAAAAGAAAGAUUUUGUUUAUGCUUUUCUUACGGUAAUAUGAAUUGGGAUGUAAUAAUUAUGUGAAAACCUUGCUUGUUUGAGCAAAGCUUAACAAAGAAACUUAGUGAAAGCGCCUGAUUUAAGCAAAAGCCCAGCAUUCAGGAGCCUCACUCACUGUGUAUUCUUGGUCUCUUCUUUCAUGCUCAAUGCCUAUCAUUGUGCAUAAAAACCUCUGUAAUAAUCUCUCUCACAUGCUCUGCAUAUCAUUGUGCGUAAGAAACCUAUCUAAUAAUCUCUCUCUCUCUCUCUCUCUCUCUCUCUCUCUCUCAUAAACACACAUUACGCAUCAUUUGUGUACUUCAGUGCUUGAGCAACUAUUUUUGAAUAAUUAUUGCUACUUUCUUUGCCUCUUGUUUCUUUUAACAUUUACACCUCAGAACCAAACAUGGUUGAAGGUGUAGUCGAAACCUUAUGGAUAGAGCUCUCGGUGAGGUCAUUGUGCCGAAGCAGCCUCUAAUCCCCAGAAAUUCAAAUCCGUCUUCUGCAUUCUCAAUAUGGUUCUCGAAAUCAGUUAAAUUCUUGAAAAAUAGAGCUACAAUGCCGAGUAGGAUUUCUAGUAAAAGGUUUGAUUUUGAUGGCAUGGUAGUGAACAACUCUGUGUACUGCGAUUCACUCAGUCUUCCUGAGGCUAAAAUGGAGGCGCUGGUAACUGACAGUGAAGUAGUAGAAGAGGAGAACGAAGGGUAUUCUGAGAAUGAGUCCGAAGUUAGAAAUGGAGAAAGCAGUCCAAAUUCUGAUUUUUUGGCUUCUGAGAUUACUUUGAACUAUGGAAAUAGUAGUUCUGAGGACUCAUCUUCACCCCCUCCAAUGGGUUGGCCUAUGCAAAAGGACAAAGUGCCAAAUUGUGUCGGUUCUGAGGUAUCUGCAAAAGUUGACAAGCCCCAUUCCAACAAGGGAAAAUUAGAGAAGCAAGGAUCAAUUCUUUCAGAAUCUGAGAUGAUGAAAGAAAGAUUCUCAAAAUUGCUGCUUGGUGAAGACAUGUCCGGUUGUGGCAACGGGGUUUGCACGGCUCUGGCUAUUUCCAAUGCUAUUACUAAUCUAUGUGCUACACUUUUCGGACAAGUUUGGAGAUUAGAACCUCUGCAACCUGAGAAGAAACUGAUGUGGAGACGAGAAAUGGAAUGUCUUCUCUGUGUUAGCGAUCACAUUGUGGAAUUGAUACCCUCUUGGCAGACAUUCCCAGAUGGGACCAAACUUGAGGUCAUGACUUCCAGACCCCGUUCAGAUCUGUUCAUUAACCUUCCUGCACUACGCAAAUUAGACCAUAUGCUACUUGAAAUAUUGGACAGUUUUGAGAGUUCAGAGUUCUGGUAUGUUGACCAAGGGAUAAUAGCCCCCGAAUCUGAUGAUGGAUCUUCCUCCUUCCGGAAACCCCUUCCCAAUCAAGAAGACAAAUGGUGGCUUCCAGUUCCUCGAGUUCCACCAGGCGGACUGAGUGAAGAAGCAAGAAAGAUGGUGCAACAUACACGUGACUGCACCAACCAAAUCCUUAAAGCUGCAAUGGCUAUUAACAGUGCUGUUUUAGCUGAAAUGGCUAUUCCUGAUUCAUAUUUAGAUACUCUUCCAAAGAAUGGAAAAACGAGUUUGGGAGAUCUUAUGCAUCGAUAUAUCAACUCAGACCAAUUUUCACCUGAAUGUUUGCUCGACUGCCUCGAUUUGUCUUCUGAUCAUCACGCUGUAGAGAUUGCCAACAGAGUGGAGGCUGCUAUUUAUGUGUGGCGCCGAAAAAUGAGCUCAAAGCCUUUGCAUGGCACACGCAGGUCUAAUUCAAAGUCAUCAUGGGAAAUGGUCAAGGAUUUGGUGAGUGAUGCUGAUAAAAGGGAACAACUGGCAGACAAAGCUGAGAGCCUUCUGCUUUGCUUGAAGCAACGAUUCCCUGGUCUACCUCAGACCACCUUAGACAUGAGCAAAAUCCAAUAUAACAAGGAUGUCGGCAAAUCCAUAUUGGAAAGCUACUCACGAGUUCUUGAGAGCCUGGCAUUUAAUAUUGUGGCACGUAUAGAUGACCUACUUUAUGUGGAUGACUUAUCUAAGCAUUCAGAUCAACUCGUCUCAAUCUCCAAAGUCGGUAUGAUUACUCAGACAAGCAUGGGAAUUGCACUCCCGGUCUCCACUUCUCCAUACAAAGCAGCUUUCACGAAUCCUAGCUUUUCACCCUUGCAGCUGAUUAGCCCUGCAAAGGGAGAUAGAUCACCAUAUACCGCAGGCGGAAAGGAUUCCCCUGGUGGGUUCGGUUUGAAAAGGAUUUUGACUGAUUAUCUGAGUGUUGAUGGAAAAGGGAAGCAACUGAGCAGUGAUAUGAGGAGUUCAGAUUCAUGUUCAUCUACAACUCAAGAGAUGUCGGCAGAAUCUCCAUCCCUUGAAGAAUCUUCGGGAGGUUAAAAAAUGGCAUCAGCCCAUGAACGAACGAGUCAAUCAACUAUGAAUGAACAUAGCAGAUCAGUUUCUUCAUUUGUCUUUAGCAGAGGCCUACUUUGUAUUUUCUUUUCCAUGUACAUGCAGAACGAGUAUCUAAAGGUGGUGAGGGGCAUCAAGUAUAAUGUAUCAAGAUCCUAAUGAGCUGAGGACUUUAUAACACAUUAUUAAGUUUUGAGAUGAAUCAA